GUCGUGGAACCAACGAAAGGACCCAAAAUUCAGACGACAUAGAGGAAUUCAGCAUCGAAAAGGACAUGGAGAAAUUGCCGGCAAAGCUCGACUGGGGCAACGAGAGUAUUUCUCUCUGGAAACCGUGAUGGAUGAAUUCCAACUGUCAAACGAAACGCUGCGACGGUUGAUGUCUCACAUGAAUGAAUACAUGGACCGAGGUCUCAGAGGAGGAUUGGAGAUGUCCACUAUUGCAAUGCUACCGUCGUUCGUGCCAGAAUUGCCGGAUGGUACAGAAUGUGGUAAAUUCGUCGCUCUAGACUUGGGUGGCACAAAUCUUCGUGUAUUGGUUAUGGAAAUUGAACCUGGCAAGGAAAUGCGAACGGAGCAGUUCAACACGAGAGUACCGAAGACAGCUAUGCAGGGCACUGGCGAACAGGUAACACCUAAUCACUA